UUCCAUUUUCUCUCUCUUAGUGUGUGAAGAAAAGAAAAGCAAAGAGGGAGAAAAAGAAAGAGAGAUGAGUAGGCUUGCACCAUUGUCAGAAGAACCCAUUAACGAAGAAGAAGACAAUAGCAACAACUGCUCAAAGAAAGGCCACAAGUCAUGGAAGAAUUGGCUCAAGUCUCAUUUCUCUCUUGUCUUCAACAAAAAAUCUGACUUAAAGAUUCUCUUAAGUGUUCUUGGUUGCCCUCUCUUUCCAGUCUCCGUCCUCCCCAAACUCCCCAUCAAUCAGGUGUCCUCCUCAGCUCAAUACAUUAUACAACACUUCACUGCGGCAACCGGUUGCCGGAAAUUAGAAGGGAGAGUCAAAAACAUAUUUGCCACCGGAAAGGUCGCAAUGGCUAUGGUGGAUGAGCCAGGCGGCUCACCCGGCUUAGCGGCUGGAGCCACCGGCGAUUUACAAAAGGGGUGCUUUGUAAUGUGGCAAAUGGUCCCUAAUAAGUGGCUAAUUGAGCUAGUUGUCAGCGGCCACAAGGUUGUUGCCGGUAGUGAUGGUAAUGUCGCUUGGCGCCAUACACCGUGGCUCGGCGCCCAUGCCGCCAAAGGCUGCGUCCGACCUCUUCGCCGAACUCUUCAGGGAUUAGAUCCUAUGGCAAUAUCAACAGUAUUCUCUACAGCACAGUACAUGGGAGAAAAAUGCAUCUCAGGAACUGAUUGUUUUGCACUGAAAUUGUCUGCUGAGCUAGCAGACUUAGCUGAUAGAAGUGAUAGCACAGCAGAAAUGAUCAAACAUGUAGUUUUUGGCUAUUUCAGCCAGAGAAGUGGGCUACUCGUUUACCUAGAGGACUCAUACUUGACCCGAAUUCAAUCUCCGGGUUCCUACCCUACAUAUUGGGAAACCAGCAUCGCCUCCAAAAUCAACGACUACCGGACAGUAGAAGGCGUGAUGAUCGCCCACGGCGGUCAAUCUAGUGUGAUGAUCACAAGAUUUGGAGAUAACUUGAAAUCUGGCCUUUCCAUUACAAGAAUGGAGGAGACUUGGAGCAUUGAUGAUUUAGCUUUUAAUGUUGAAGGGUUAUCAAUGGAUUGCUUCAUUCCUCCUAAAGAAGUGCAAAAAGAUGAUCCUGAAGAGAAACUAGACUGGAGUUGAAUCUUUAAGUACUUGCUAUAUAUACAUAAUAGAAUAGCUGACAAUUGGAAAUUUUUUACAGCGCAUCCGGUAGAAUUCUAUCAUGAUUUUGACUCAGACUAGAAUUGCAUGCACGAUUACGUAUUAGAGGAUUAUUAUUCUUUACUUAAUUUGUUUGUACAUAGAUAAGACAAUAAGUCAAUGUGUAACAUAUAUGCUUUCUUUUCGCCUC